AUGUUGCAUGGGUUUGUGGAAGCCCAAAGUUGGAGUUCAGUCUCAACCAAGGGAGUUCCCAUGCUUCAAAAAGCCCGGGCUACCCGGAAUCUACUGUGUGCCUUUCAAUCGAUCUCAUGUUCUCCGUCCCAUCUGCCGCGGUUCGCCGCGGUUCGGCGCGGACGGUUCUUACCGAUGGCCACCGGCUCGAGUGAAGAGACGCUUCUCUCGUCCUUCGCGCUGCAAACACACUGCUUAGGCAUGACCUUCUACCGAGCGGUGACGAAGACCUUGCUCCGCACGAUGGCGGCGGAGCGUGCGGUGGUGCCCUGGUAUCAUGAGGAAAAAGUGCUCUCCCCCAUCGAGCAGUUUUGCAAGGCCAACAUCUACCCCAUUUGGUUCAAGUACGUCAAGGGUCCUUUCGAUCGUUAUGGGUAUGAGAGUUUGGUCUCCGAGCUGCGUGGCCAUGGGCUGAUGCUGGAUGACCAGCUCAAUGACAAGGAGCCUCUCAUCGAACGUGCCUUGGAGCUGCUGCCGCCGGAUCUCAUCAUGGGCCGUUACCGUCGUUUGAUGCGGGCUCAGGAGAUGUAUGCCAAGAAGAUUCACUUGCCCUUGUCUGAGCAGAACUAUGACCCGAUGAUCCCAUACAUGGCGCCUUUCAUGGAGGAGGCCAAGUUUCAACUGCAGGAGGAGCAAGAGCUGCUGCAGUUUCAUCCGUGGGACCGGCGCCUCUUCUCGGGCUACAACACGGGCUUGGGCGAGUCGACGCCCUACUCCACCUUCAUGACCUGGUGA